CCCAACAAUUAAGAAUUCUUACACUUUUUCUCCCCCACCCCAAAAAGUGGUUGACCUGCAAAACCCGUCUCAUCAUCCUAUAAAUAAUCCGAGUUUCCCUUUCUUCCACUCUCUCAAUUGGACAAAGCUUUAGGUCAACUUGUCCCCUACCUUUUUUCUACCCAGUGGUUGCACCAAAUUUUCCCUUUCCUCAAAACCAAGUAACAACAAGUACCUAGAACAUACACCACCUCCCUCUUUUGGCACUUAAAACUUUUUCAUUGUCCUCAAAACUAAUGCAAUCCUAGCCAUGAAAUCUAUGGCAUCAACCCAAAACACCGCCUUUUGUCGCCCGGAGGCGUUUGUCAGGGCGGAGAAGAGGAAUUUCGCGGGGUUAUGUGGGUUGGGAAACCAUGGAAAGGUGGGAGAAAGGCUGGUGGUGAAGGCGAAUGUCGGGGGAUACAAGGGUGUGGACAUGAUCAAUGGAAGGAAGGUGAAUGGGGUUGUUCUGAACGUCGAUUUGGGCACAAGAGGUAUUGAUUUGGUGAAGAAAAGCAGCAGUGCUGUGGUUAACGUCCAUGACCCGGUUCAGUCUUGGUUACUGGGGAGGUUUGUGGAGGACCGGUUUGUUUACAGACAGACGUUUGUGAUUAGGUCUUACGAGAUUGGACCGGACAAAACUGCCACCAUGGAAACUCUCAUGAAUCUGCUUCAGGAGACGGCUCUAAAUCACGUGACAUGCUCUGGCCUGGCUGGAAACGGGUUCGGGGCAACCCGAGAGAUGAGCCUCAGAAAACUCAUUUGGGUCGUCACUCGGAUUCAUGUUCAAGUAGACAAAUACAGCUCCUGGGGAGACGUGGUAGAAAUCGAUACCUGGGUCGAUGCAGCAGGGAAAAACGGAAUGCGAAGGGAUUGGAUCAUUCGGGAUUCGAAUUCUCAGAUGAUCAUAACAAGAGCAACAAGCACUUGGGUGAUAAUGAACAGAGAAACAAGAAGGUUGUCUAAAAUCCCCGAUGAGGUGAAAAAGGAGGUGCGGCCCUUCUACCUGGACCGAAGGUCGAUCCCUACGGUGGAUUCUGACGGCGAAAAAAUCGACAAACUCACCGAUGAAACUGCGGAUCGCAUUCGAUCGGGUUUAGCCCCAAGAUGGAGUGAUAUGGACGCCAACCAGCAUGUGAACAACGUCAAAUACAUUGGAUGGAUUUUGGAGAGUGUGCCAAUAGAUGUGUUGGAGCAUUACAACCUCACAAGCAUGACUUUGGAGUAUCGUCGCGAGUGUCGACAAUCCAACGUCUUGGAGUCCUUGACAAGAGUGAUGAAGUCCCAAACUGCUGAAAACACCGAAAAUAGCACGGAAAAUGACCGAGAAGAACUAGAGAGCACGCAUUUGCUUCGGAUGCAGGCUACUGAUAAGGCUGAGAUAGUCCGAGCAAGAUCAGUAUGGCAAUCCAAACACGAACGCACGUGAUUUUAUACGACAAGAUGUCCCCCUCGCCUGAAUAUUUUUCACGUCUUUUUUUUUUUUUGUGUUUUCUAAAGCGAUUUUUUUCGCAUGUGUUCAUUUUUUUGUCCUAUGAUUAUAUAUGUCAUGAGUUGUUUUAGAUCUUCAGGCAAUUGGCACAUCUCUAUCUCUAUGUACGUAGCAGCUAAUUUUUCUAGGGACUGAAAAUUUGCAAGAGACUAUUGGUCCUUUACAGUUUA